CACUGACACUGUUUGUCGUCUUCCCCAAAACACCUUCGAAACGCGGCACCCGUAGGUGUUGCCACUCCGUCGUUUAUACCCACGUGUCCAUCUCUUUCUUCCAUUACAUAACCCUCCAUUCCAUUUCACCCUUCCACCAUAACCACCUCACCAUGGCAAAAUUCAACCUCUCAGUAACCACAAUCACCUUCUCAAUUAUCAUUCUCAUUUCAAUUUCGACUUCUGUAGGUAUCAGGUUAGGAGGGAGGACGAAGAUAGACGAUGUGAAAACGAACAAGGAGAUUCAGGCGAUGGGGAAGUACUCCGUGGAGGAGUAUAACCGCCUGCGGCGAAAUAGCGAGGAAGAGCUCACAUUUUCUCAAGUUGUGGAGGCAGAACAGCAAGUGGUUGCCGGGAUGAAGUAUUAUUUGACAAUCGAAACGUUGUCGAAGACUAGCGGUGACCCGAAGGUGUUUCAGGCGGUUGUGGAGGUGAAACCAUGGCUUCAUUCCAAGAAGCUGCUGAAAUUUGCACCGUCGACCGCGAACUUGCUACCCGUGUGGUGAAUGGUUAACGGUUUCUUUGUUUUUCUUUUUGUUUGUUGAGAAUGUAAUAUGUGAGGCAAGUAUAAUAAUGGUUCAUAAACAUGCAUGAAAAUAUAAUUUGAAAUA